UCAAUUAUUUGACAACAAAACAUGACCCCAUUUAUAUUCUUGUUUCUUAGCUUUUGGAAUGGAAUAUAAUUAGUCCUGUGUUAUGCUUUCUUUUCAUGCUAUUUUACCCUAAAACACCUUCUUCAAAACUUUUUCCCCCUUUAACUUUUUUGCAGAUUGAUGAUCAGAACUUGAUGGCAUCAACUAAUAUGGGUGUAGACAAACCAACACAAGAGCAAAUACAACAGCAGCAGCAACUAGCACUAAAGUGUCCUCGCUGUGAUUCAUCCAACACUAAGUUUUGUUAUUAUAAUAACUACAGCUUGUCGCAGCCAAGGCAUUUUUGCAAAGCUUGUAAACGUUACUGGACUCGCGGUGGAACCCUAAGAAAUGUUCCGGUGGGUGGUGGUUGUAGGAAGAACAAGAGGGUUAAAAGGCCUGCAGCCGCCGCCUCCACGUCGGUGCCUGUGGAUUCAUCUCCCAAUAGUUCAUCUUUGUUGACUUCAAUGACUACUAUGAAGCUUAAUAAUCCUUUGUUUUAUGGCUUACAACAAAAUACUGGUAUGAACCCUAAUACUUCGGAAUUCAACCUUUCAUUCCAAUCUAGGGUUGAUGCAGGUAGUCAUCAUCAAUUCUAUGAGUUUGAUAAUUAUCAACCUCAGAUAGCUUCUCUAGGGUUUUCAUCUUCUGGCCAAAUAGGGCCUAGCAAUGAUCUUCUUUCUAAACCAAUGCUUUCAAGCUAUCAUCAUCUUCCUAACUUUGGAUCUUUGAGCUCAAGUGUUUCUGCUGCUCCUGCAACAAUGGCUUCUUAUCUUUCGCCGAACCUUCAGCCACAAAAAAUUGUUUCCAGUAAUGUUAUUGGAGAUACAAGAGCAGCCGGGGGUAGUAAUUUUAUUGGAUUUUCUCAAUAUGAAGAUCAUAUGCAAAUGCAAGGGAGUCAUGAUCAUGAUGGUGGUAUCGCUACAAAAGAGUUUAAAACAGAAGAAUCUCAAAAUAGGAUAAAUAAUAACAAUCAGAUCCGAGAGAUGAGAUCAUCAGACACUGAUUCUGUUUUUUGGAAUUCAAAUGGUGCUGGUUCCUGGCUUGAUCCUGCUAAUCUUGUUGGUUCUUCAGUCCCUUCUUUAAUCUAGCAACGCCACCUGAUGCAACAGAGUCAUUUGAUCUUCCUCUUAUGUAUUUUCUUUAAUUAGGUAAAUAGAUGGUGAUCUAUGUUUUAACUUGCUAACUAGGUAAGCUUAAUUCUGUUGAGUAACUUAUCCUUUUCUAGUCAUUUACAUUAUGGCCGAUUGGCCGCAAGGGAAAAUAAUUAUAGAUUUGAGGGUUUCCAAAGGAUGGGAGGAUCAUCAGUUGGAUCGGAGUGAUCAUGUCAGCUGCAAUUGAAUUCAGCCCUUCAAUUUUAUGAAGCAAGGUUAAUUAAGGAAUUCAUAAUUUGCUCUGAGAGGAACCUCGGAUCCUCUUCCGUCUCAUCUUCGUCAACAAAAAAUUCCUCGUCCCUACAGCUCGCAUCUCCCAGGAUUCAGAUGCAUGAUCUGCAGAUCUGGUGAGUUGAUUUAAUAUACCUUUCUAUACUUUGUGUAUAUGUAUCUGCAGGCAUGCACUCAUAUAGUGCAUUUCUAGCACUUGUAUUAGUAGAUUUGGUAUAGGGGUUUAACUGAGAGGAUAAAUGUUAAGAUCUUUUCUUGAUCUGGCUUAAAGAGGGAAAUCAAACCAAUUAAGGGCUUCAAUGGUAUAAUUAUAUCGGUAUAGAAGAUAGGGGAAUUUCUAAGUUAAUUGUCAAUGUGUAUGUUUUUCAGUUUAUUGAUUGGUUAAUUGGUCUUCUUGUA